AUACGUUUUUGGGUCAAUGUGGUCAGACCAUUGAUUUGAUGUCGGCUCAAAGCGCCCAUUCAGGAAUUUUGAGAAUGCCGCUACCGCAGUCUAUGAGCAGAUACCAAGACCCAGCGCACCCUGUCAACUGCGACAUACUCGUCACCUUCACCAGCGGCAUGUACCUGAUGAUAGAGCUGUUUUUCCUCGACAUCAUGCCCCGGAGUAACGACAUUCGAGGAUGCACCACCGGUCUGGAGGUCUUUGAUCAGACCGGCAGGAAAUACUACAGUUCCAGAAUUUGCAUGGAAGGCUGGCAAUGGGAAGAGCGGCACCGAGAGAUGAGGUAUGAGAAACAUCUGGUGAAGAACUCUCCUCUCACAUUCAGGCUGGUCAGUGAGGGACCUUACAGAGGCCAAGGCUUCAAGGUUCACUUUAACCAGAUUAGGCCCAGCUGGCCAUGCUACAUCCAGGAGUUCAAAUGUGAACAGGUCCAACACUGUGUACAUGACGAUGUCACCUGCGAUGGCUGGGAUGACUGUGGAGACUACUCGGACGAGAGAGAGGAGGCGGGCUGCAACUUGCUGACUGCCUCGGAGAUCUGCAGUAUCAUUAUGGGUAUUGUGCUGCUGCUUGGUGUUGCUGCAGAGCUGGUCGUGUUUUUCAUGACUAACCGGAGACUGGCACAACAAUAUGGAUGGAAAAAUAAUUCCAAACCUGGAGUUGUUGACAGCAAGUAUCAGACGCAAGCUGGUAACUUUGGCAUGGGACAGCAGUACAACUCCGAGGACUCUCUCCCUAGCAGAUUCUCCAGAUUUUCUGCCCCUACUAGAAAGAGGCAAGAGUCACAGUCUGACUCUGUUAACAAACUGGAAUUGGAGAAAGGCGGCAGGCAGAGUAAACCAUCCCUAGAUGAUAAAGUGGAAACAAUCAGCCGCUCCAGUCGCAGACACAGAACUCAGUUUGAGGGAACUGCUUCAACAGAGCCAGUUAGCAAGGCUGGCCGCAAGGGACGCACAUCAUCCCAGGCUAGUCUCAACCGAGACAGAGUGGACCCAGUCAGUGGCAUUGACAACCCAGCAUUAGAGAACACUGAAGCCAGCAGAGACAGACUAUCUAGCAGAGACAGAGACAGACUAUCUAGCAGAGACAGAGACAGACGUGGCAGAUCUGACAGAUAUUCGGAUCAUGACAGUGACAGUGAUUAUAAUGACAGGAGACGACGGAGUCAUGACAGAAGUAGAGAACGUGAUCACCAAAAAAAUAAUGAAUAUGGCAGUGAGAAAAGUGCUUACAGAGAACAUAGAAGGAGGAAGAGUUAUGGUAGUGAUGAUAGUGACUCUGAAUAUGAUUUGGAGAGGAGACGAAGAAGUCGAGAGAGAAUUGGUCAGGGUAAGUUUGAGGAUUACAGCGAUAGUGACAGGGAACGAUACAAUCGAGGAAAAGACAGGUAUGUAGACAAGUCACCAGACUACAGAGAGAGCCUUGAUGGAGACAGGGGUCCAUCUGAAGAUGACAACGACAGAUAUGUUCGACAAAACAAAAGAGAUGGUGAAAGAAGACGCUCUGAUACUGACAAAGAAGCGUAUCGAGAAUCUCUGACUCUACCUCUGCCACCACCUUACUCAGAGGAGGAUACUGGGAGUCUGGACGAAUAUAAUUACAAAUGGCCACUGCCGGAGGUAGAUCUGAAACGAGCGGAUCCACCACACUCAAAUAAAAACUCCAUGUUUCCAGAAGUAGAUGGGAAACAGCCCAUGAGUGCAGUUGAUGACGGUCGGCAUCGGCGAAGUUCUGGUGACCGCAGAGAUAGAUACUCCCACAACAGGUGGACACCACAGCCAAGUUCUCCUCCACCUCGCUAUGUGGACAUCCCCUCCAAGGCUGCUCCUGUGGCCUAUAAAGAAGAAUCUGUAUAG